CCUCCUCCUCUUCUUCUGAGCAGCAGACACACAACAAAGUUUUGCAGUAGGAGCUGCAGGACCCGCCUGCUGUGCCCCCGGACCCCGCCAGACCGGCGCAAUGUGCUGCAACUGAGAGGUACAUCUGGUUCCAGGACUCGCUUACACCCAUCCUCCAGAUGUUUCUACGACCCGAACCCGAAUUGGGUUGGCUCCCCACCCAUGUGCAAGUCACUAUCCUGCAAGCCCGAGGGCUGCGUGCUAAGGGGAAGCAUGGCACCAGUGAUGCCUACACCUUGAUCCAGGUUGGACGUGAGAAGUACAGCACCUCAGUAGUAGAGAAGACCACGGGAUCUCCAGAAUGGAAGGAGGAAUGUUCCUUCGAGCUUUCCCCUGGAGCCAUGGAAAGAGGGGAGAACUGCGAGCUUCAGCUUAUAGUGAUGCAUCGAGCCCUCAUUGGUAUGGACCAGUUCCUGGGGAAGGUCAGCCUUCCUCUACAGGAGGUGUACCAGGAGGGCCGCUCGCAGAGGAACCAGUGGUACAAGCUCCGUUCAAAGCCCGGAAAAAAAGAAAAGGAACGUGGAGAGAUCCAGGUGUCCAUUCAGUUCACCAGGAACAAUCUGACAGCCAGCAUGUUUGACCUUUCCAUCAAAGACAAACCCAAGACUCCUUUUGGGAAACUGAAGGACAAGUUGAAAGUCAAGAAACUUUCCCAAAUGGAAUCCUCUUCAGCCAUCGUGCCAAGCAGCAUCGGCCGGUUGGACAGUGACGAGGAGGAUGAGAAGAAGCCAAAGUCCAAGGCAGCUGCCUUCUUUAAAGGACGGCUAAGGAAAAGCUCUCUAACAAGGUCCAAUACUUCUCUGGGGUCAGAUAGCACCAUCUCCUCAACAAGUGGCACGAUUCCCACCAGUGCUGGAAUCUCGAUAGUUCUUCCAGAUAUCGUCAAAAAGCCUGCUUCCAGAAACGGCAGCCUUUCCAACGAACCUACUGUUAAAGAUCAUGAAGCUUCACCCAGGAUGAAGCACAAGAGAGCAUUCAGUGACGAAGUCAGCCAAUUAAAGCUUUUCCCAGAACCAAAGUCUGUGCAGAACCUAAAGCCAAAGGGUAGCCCCAUCUCCAAGUCUUCUGUAUGCAUCAACGGAAGCCAUGUCUACGCAGAAGUGCCUUCUCCAAAGCCAGUCCAUUCUCUAGAGAAAUCUUCCCCUGCAUCCAUGUCAUUUCAGAAUAUAGCGAAGAAAGCAGAGGAGGUGACAGAAGUUAUCAGAGGACCAAGCCAUAGCUCAGAGAAACUGGAGCAUAAACCAACAGGUCCUACUGCAGAGGGGCAAAAUGUCUCCUCGAAACCGUUGCCUCAACCAAAGCCAACGAACGACCCAGUACGAGUGGAGACCAAACCAAUUCAAAUUACGACCCCUAUGGUGUUUUCCGAGGAUGUGUCCAAGAAUAAAAGUCAAGAAGCAAAGGCUAAAGAAGAGAAACCCAAGAUCGGUCUUCAGCCUGGAAUUGGGAAGAACGAUCCUGGUAACAAGAGUCUCGAUGAACCAAAUCCGUAUGUGUCGACAAGCUCUGAGGAGAGAGGCAAGGUCGGCUCCUGGUUUGGAUCAAAAGAUGCCAAGGAGACUCAACAAAAACCAAGUUUCCCCUCUGGGUCUAUUGCUACCUCAGAAGCUGCUGAAUGGGGCUCUUCUCUUGUGGAGGAACACAGUCCAUUGACCACCUCCUGCUCUACAGAAGAUAUGAAUAUAUACUCGUACCAAGGAAAAAGUGACAACUUCGAAGUGGUCGUUGAUCGCCCUGAAUUGCGUCUGACCCAAAGCUCUUCAUCAGAACCUCCAAUGUUCACAGGAUGGGAAGAACAAUUUGAUGCUCUUGCUUCAAGUCGAUUGCAGCCUUCAUCUAGCAGUUGCCAACAGUCCCCAGAACCUGAAGACUCUAACAUCACCAUCACAAGUGCCUCAGAGAACUAUCCAUUGUCUUCUUUUGGCAAACUGGAAACCAUGACUGGCAUGUUAACACCCCCUGAUGGUAAUGAAUGGCAUAAACUGAAGUCAAAUAACUCUAAUUUUGACACAUGUUGGCCAGACCUAUUGAAAAAUGAUGCAAAGAAAUCUAGUGAACUCGAACCAUCUCCCCUUUUAACCAAUUUCUCUCCAACAAAUAUUCCAUUUACCAGGUCGAUGGGACUUAAAGAAUAUGAUAAUUUGCCUACAGAAACAUGUAAAGAUCAGAAUACAUUUAACCAUUCUUGUCAGCAUGUAGAUACUCCACUACCUGCCUCUUCCAAGAACAGGGUAGCAUCUGUCCAACCUCUUCUACAGAUGGGGCAGAAUAUAGUUGGUGUGGAAGAGAUGGCAAGGCAAGAAUCUCCGAUCCUAACAAAGGACACCGUUGCCAUGGCUCUCAUUCUAGAAGUGGCAGAAAGUGGUAUUGACGUAUAUAGCACGCAGGUGUCCAAAGAGGCAGUUGAACAAUUCUCAACCGUACACAAUCCCGAAAGGAUAAGGGAUGAGCCAGAAGUCAUGGUUACUGAAAAGGUUGAGGGGAUAAUUAAAGAACAGGCCAUUAGUGUCAAUGUAGGGUCUGUAGCACCAUCCAAGCCCCCUCGGCUCAUGCUGUCAUCUUCGGUUGAACAGAUAGAGACUGAAGAUUAUAAUUACCAACAAACAAGCCAUCAGGACACCACUGGAAAACAAAUGGAGAACCCAGAGGAACAUAUGCAGGAGCAAAACAUGGGGGUUAGCAAACAAAUGGUCUCUCCAGUGGCCUGUUGUCCUGUAAUUGAGAUAAGGAGCCCAGUGUUAGGAGCUUUUACUGAAGACACCGAAUCCACCACUGAGGGCCUUUUGACUAAUCUAAGGGAAGAAAAUAAUGAUUUGGGUGCUCUUAAUGGGGAACACCUGUUAGAUGUAAAUGAAGUAACGCCAACAGAGCAGUUCAGGACUUGCCCAUCGAGUGUCUCACUAGGCACAGACCUUUCAAGUGUUCAUGAAGGCUCUGAUAAAUUGGAGUUAAUUAACCAUAGUUCAUCCAAGCCAUUCAACUUAACAUUGGGGGACACCAAACAGUAUGACAAUGACUUCAACUUCCAAAAACCGAUGCCAUCGUCAAAAAUACAAAAAGUAUAUAGGUCUGAAUUGUCUAGUCUCUCUAAAAAGGGUGACCAGUCUGACUUUGUGUUUUGGUCUGCCCUAGAGGAACAGAUACCUUCACGUAGGAUGAAAGUGGGCACCAAACAGAAUGUGCCAACGAGUCAGGGUGAUAUUGCCCUUUCAGAUGGCAGAAAUGUAAGCAAUAUGAAUACUGGAGAAAGAACUGAGCCAGAACAGAAUAAUAACGAAGAUGUACUAAUCCUAAUGGGGGUAGAAUCCAAUAGUCCACUACCAAUUGAGUUACAAGAUGCUAGGCUUGAGUAUGAAGCUAAAGCUUUAAGAGAUGAUAGCCAACAGUCUUCUUGGUCAGCAGAUAUCAUUGUAGACUUUAAGAAUGAGGACUUCUGGAGAACAAAUUCUGACCAGUUAGACCAAAAUAAUGUAGAAAAUUUGCCAUCACCAGGAAAUCCCUUUACCCCAGUUGACAGAACACCUUUAAGUUACAAAAACCCAUUUACUAUGGAUGAACGCCCUCAAAGUAGUCAGAGUUCCGAGUCUUCACUACAAGAAGAUACAAGCUUCAAAGACCUUCAUGCUCAUGCAGCUCUUAGAAAUUUUCCACCUGCUGUUCCCCCAUCUGAUAUGAAAGCUCCUUACCUGCAUGGCAGUCCACCUCUGGCCUUCUCCACUCCUUCCCUAGCAAUAGCCCCAAACCCUAAGCCAUCAAACUUCCCCUCUCCAAUCAUGCUUCUGACAACCUCUGGUGCCACUACAACAACCAAUACCCACACAGCAACUUUGUCGGGCUUGCUCUCUCCUGUAGCCGGUGGUGUGACAACAGCUGCCCCUCCGAUUCUGCCUCUGGAGACACAGAAAGCUGACAAUCCAUUUAUGCCACUAAAGAUCAGUCCCCACCCGGUGAAACCGAUCAGCGCCACUCACUCCGAAUCAUCAACGGCAGAAAAGAAGACGCAGCGACCGACUAUCACCACCGCGCUGAGCAGCGGGCUGGAAAUGCUAAAGUCUGUGACUGGCGGACAGAACGCCACACCUAAGAAACAAGAGCAGGAGCGUCUGAAGGUGCACACUCACCACAUACAUCAUAUCAUGGAGGAUCUUUGUCUACCAGACCAAGCGGCCAAGUACUACCACCUUACCCACGAUGAGCUGAUCCAAAUGCUGCUCCAACGUGAGUCUGAGUUGUCGAAAAAGGACCACCAUGUACAAGAGUUAGAAGACUACAUUGAUAAGCUGCUGGUGCGAAUAAUGGACCAGGCACCUGCUCUGCUCCAAGCCCCUCUGGAAACGAAAAAGUAGACUCCAUCCGUGGUCAAUGUUGGGACAAUCUGGGACAUGUUUCCUUGCUCUUGGUGUAAAUCUUGGGUAUAGAGAGGACAAACAGCUCUGUAGUCUUGACAUGAACCCUUUUCCCAACGUACGUCUUAACUUUUUCUGAUGCUGGGCAUCUUAGAAUAUGACAGAAGAACCUUCCAGGAAUGACUUGCCAUUGAUAUUUUAAUUUUAGCAGCUAAUGCACGUUGGGUGCAGUGAUUGUAGCAGCUCCUUAUUCUCCACAGGCCAAAGACAGUGGGAACCGUUCUGCGUCCACAAAGGUGUGAAGGCGACGUCGUAAACACUCUCCAUAUCUCGGUAUACACGCAUUGCUUCACUGCUAUCAUCGUUGCAAGAUCAUCCAUUGUGUUUGCAGUAACUUUCUCAAGUGUGACGUAGUUGUCUGGGAUUCAGUCCAGGCAGUUGACAGUACAACAAGUUUGAAGAGUGUCAACACUUCUCACAGUUUUCUCUGUUACUCGGGUAAAUAUUCUGUGCCGUAGUAAAUAGCAGAGUUGUCAUUCAAAGGGGUUGAAAACAAUACAAGAAAUGUUACAGCAGCAGGCAACUAUCUUGGAGGACCAUGCAGGUUCAUCUACCAUAGUUCAUGAUCUUAGCUAUUUGGAGCUUUUCCUAAGAAAUGUAUUACAGCAUCUUCAGUGCAUGAGUGACUGUGGCUUCAUUGAUAGAUCUUAUUGGCAAUGGAGGAGAGGAGCUUUCUCCAAAUCCAUUAUGUACCCUGUGGGAUCUACUGUAGCUCCACCUAUGGACCUCAGUUGACAUUCACAGUACACGCAAUGUUGGGUUAUUUUGCAGAUAUAUCUCGUAAUCAUCCAUUAUACCAUGAUAUUCUACUCCCUUCCAGAGCUGCAUUCAGUCUUCUACUGGUGCCCUGUUGACUCUCAGGCUAUAGGACCUUACAGCAUCUCCCCACUGCCACCAGCUGGUCCAGUGUCUGUACUAUGCAUGUUUUGCUGUGGUGCUUUCUGGGAGAUGUAGUUAUUAUAUAAAUGUAAAGGAUCUGAUAUAGCAAAAAAAAAAAAUUCAACCAGCUGCCAGCAGAAUUGUAAAUGCAGCUCUGGAGGUGAUUUGGAGUAGAAGCUACAAGGCAACUCAAGAUCCGUACGAAAUCCUGAGCUAUGCUCAAAAGUUUUAUGAACGUGUCCAGAAAUUGGGGACUGAAUUCGUUCUUGAGGACAUUGGGGAUUUGGAAUAGGAAGUUCCUUGAGUGUUUUAGUUGCACAAAGCAAACACUAUUUACAAGGUCACUGUAGUUUCUUCUAACGAUGUAGUGUAUAUUGGGCGGUAUACGAAUAUCUCUUGCCUUUUUUUCUAUACCUUUUGUAUAAAGGAGACUGUGUCAUUUCUCCUGAGUUCUUCUUAUUUUAAGCUUUGUUUUUUUCCUUCAGGCUGUAGAUAUCUGAUAUUUAAGAUGUUUACAGAUGUUUAAAAGUGUCUACUUAACAAUAAAUUCAAGUUUUUGUUCCCCAGUUACGUCCUUGGCUAUGUUAUGCAAUUGUAUGUUUGAGUCCAUAUGGGUAAAUUCAUAUCUGCCACUAUGAAAUUGUAGGCCAUAGUCUAUUUUUUGCAGCCUCUUGCAAAAUCGAGUUAUUGACUAUGGGCCAAAAAGUCCCUUCUCUUUGGGAUGAUGAUGGAUCCACUAGGAAAUCCCCAUGUGGAGUGUCUUCAGUUUUUCAAUGGAGUGUAUAUUUCUUUUCGACAGUGGUUCUGUCUUGAAGUCCACUUCCACUCAGCCCACUCCACAUGUUCUCCAUUACACUACUUUGGUUUCUCUUGGAUAUUCAACAGCAAACGCCAUCAUUGUAUAGAAACUGUUCUCUUUCACUAUAGAUACUGUUUAGAUUAAGGGCUCAUGCACACAACCGUAUGCCCUCCGAGACAUGCGGUCCGUGAGCGGGCCAUAUGUCCCAGAGCAGCAUACAUCGUGCGCACAGCAUCGUAGUAACUUAUGAUG